CCACCCCUCUCCCCCUGGGCUGUGGAGCCAUGGCCUGGGGCUGCAGGGCCAUCAUCAGCCUGGUCCUGCUGGGGCUCGGGCUGGGACUGGCACUAGUCAUCAUUGUGCUGGCUGUGGUCCUCCCUCGCCAUCAGGCCCCCUGUGGCCCCCAGGCCUUUGCCCACGCUGCCAUUGCUGCUGACUCUAAGGUCUGCUCGGACAUUGGACGAGCCAUCCUCCAGCAGCGGGGCUCGCCUGUGGAUGCCACCAUUGCGGCUCUGGUCUGCACCAGCGUCAUCAACCCUCAGAGCAUGGGCCUGGGUGGAGGGGUCAUCUUUACCAUCUACAACGCGAAGACAGGGAAGGUGGAGGUCAUCAAUGCCCGGGAGACAGUGCCCGUCAGUCAUGACCCGGCCCUGCUGGACCAGUGUGAGAAGGCCCUACCGCUGGGCACAGGGGCCCAGUGGAUCGGAGUGCCUGGGGAGCUCCGUGGCUAUGCCAAGGCCCACCACCGCCACGGACGCCUGCCCUGGGCACAGUUGUUCCAGCCCACCAUCGCGUUGCUCCGCAGGGGCCACCGUGUGCCCCCUGUCCUUGGCCAGUUCCUGAACAACAGCUUCCUGCGGCCUGUCUUACACAGGUCAACCCUGAGGAAGCUCUUCUUCAAUGGGACAGAACCCCUGAGGCCUCAGGACCUUCUCCAGUGGCCCGAGCUGGCCACCACCCUGGAGACUGUGGCCACGGAGGGUGCAGAGUCCUUCUACACAGGGAGGCUGGGCCAGAUGCUAGUGGAGGACAUUGCCAAGGAAGGGAGCCAGCUGACCCUACAGGACCUGGAGGCGUUUCAGCCUGAGGUGGUGGAUGCCCUGGAGGUGGCCCUGGGGGACUACACCCUGUACUCACCACCGCCACCAGCGGGGGGCGCCAUUCUCAGUUUCAUCCUUAAGGUGCUAAGAGGGUUCAACUUCUCGGCAGAGUCGGUGACCAGGCCCGAAGAGAGGGUGAAUGUGUACCACCAUCUUGUGGAAACACUCAAGUUUGCCGAGGGACAGAGGUGGCGGCUGUGGGACCCUCACAGCCAUCUGGAGGUCCAGAAUGCCUCCCAGGACCUGCUGGGGGAGGCUUUGGCCCAGCACAUUCGCCAGCAGAUUGAUGGCCGGGGGGACCACCAGCUCAGCCACUACCACCUGACCAGGGCCUGGGACCACAGGACAGGCACGGCCCAUGUGUCUGUGCUGGGGGAGGACGGCAGCGCCGUGGCUGCCACCAGCACCAUCAACACACCCUUCGGGUCAAUGGUGUACUCACCACGUACGGGCAUCCUCCUCAACAAUGAGCUGCUGGACUUGUGCUGGAGACGUCCCCCAGGCUCAGGCAUCACCCCCUCACCCGAGGUGAGUGGAGACAGGGUGGGUGGUGCAGCCAGGGGAUGCUGGCCCCCAGUUCCAGGGGAGCGGCCCCCAUCAUCCAUGGCGCCCUCCAUCUUGAUCAACAAAGCCCAGGGGUCGAAGCUGGUGAUUGGUGGGGCCGGCGGGGAGCUCAUAAUCUCUGCUAUGGCCCAGGUCAUUAUAAACAAGCUGUGGCUUGGCUUUAACCUGACAGCAGCCAUUGAAGCCCCCAUCCUGCAUGUCAAUAGGAAGGGCCAUGUGGAGUAUGAGCCCCAUUUCAAUCAGGAGGUACAGAAGGGGCUCGAAGAUCGUGGCCAGAACCAGAGCAGGAGGCCCUUCUUCCUGAAUGUGGUCCAGGCAGUGUCCCAGGAAGGGGCCUGUGUGUAUGCUGCGUCAGACCCGAGGAAGGGUGGAGAGGCUGCGGGCUACUGA